GUAAUACUGGUAAAAUACUUGUGACAACGGCAACCGCACGUCUGAUUCUCACCCACCACGGCUGUGUCUUCAUCCACCGUCAACAUGAUGUUCGAUUAUUUGCCCAUCAGCGCCAAACUUUCAAGUCACUACAGAGUUGCGCGCAGCCGACUGGCCAUUUUCCAUGUCCUUGCCUUCCAUCCCAAAGCGUGCCACUUCAGCUGCUGGCCUUGUUGACUUGGCGUCGACUAUCAAGACCAGAUGGCGACCCUUACGCCCUCUGAUGCUCAGAGGCUGUGAUCAACGGCGAGGCAAGGGCAUGAAGGCCAAGAUCCCAGAAGAUGCGGCGCAAGGAUACGGCUACACUCAGCUGAAUUGGAGUCCUUAUAGUGAGCCGGUACUAUCGAAAAGAGUCAAGGCCCUGUCCGACGCGCUAAAUAUUGGAACUUAUUACGACGUCAAGGCAGUCAAAGGGCAGGAUCUUGCCAAUGCUCCGUUCAUGGUCUCGACGGCCACGAAGCAUUGCUAUACGAGACAGUCGGUCAUGAAGUACUUUGGUGUAGGAGAACAUCCUUUGACAGACAUGUUCCUCCACCAUUACACCUCCAAGAAGCACCGACCAUUAUGGUUGUUUGUCUACAACGGUGACGCCGACCUUCGUCCCGUAGUGAAGACCGUGUGCGUGAACAGGUUGAGACAGGCUGUCCACAAGGCUCUCAAGGCGAAUGGAUAUGGCCAGUGGGGGGAUCGAUUGCCGGGAUUCGACGACACAUCGGUGCUUCACGGCACCAUUCAUGUUCGCAUCUCACACGGCAAGGAGUUCAUCCAGAUGAGCGACCACGAGAUCCAUGACGCGCUUGACAAACUGAUGAAGAAGCAUAUCAUCAAACAGCUCCAAGUCCCACAAUGGCCGAUACAGGCUCAGCCUAGGCGGGUUCGUGUUGGCGAACAGUCCCCUCAACACAAAGGAUCUAGCGUGCCACCUCAAAACAGAGGAUACAGCGAUCAGCUGCAACAACGUGGCUCAGGGCAGCCGAGUGCUGGAAGUUACAGAAACACCAGAGAGACAGCACAGACCGACAUGCGUGCUGGCAACCGGGUUUCGGAGCCAAGGGCGAGGGAUGGGAGUAUGAAAGGAGACGGAUCCAGUUCCCGUGUACAACAGCUUGCCGAACGGUUCCGAACCCGUCAGCAAAAUCCAGGAUCGAAGUAGGACUUGGGGACAGAUGAAAGGUGGGCGCUUGGUAGACUCUUAAGAGCAAACGCAAGUUGAGUGUCGACUUCGCCGAGGGGUCUCUUUGUAGCCAGCUGUCUACCUCUACAGCAUAUAGAGUAACAGUAAGAGGACGUCGGAAGGAUGUAACGCACAUUGGAAGCGAUCAGUACUACUAAGAUACCUACCUUUACUUGGGGAACCAAAGAAGCCGUUCACAACAACACCCAAACCUGAUAUUCGAACACCACCAAGAGCUUCAGAAGUGGAAAAGAUACGUACCUUUUGGAGUGGAACCAUUCAGGGGAAGCAUCAAAGUCUUGGCGCC